AUGAAGGCAAAGGUGGAGAGUGAAUAUUGGGAGAGGAAGAAGAGAGAAAUUUUAGCGAGUUUUCUUGUGAUUCCUUUGAAGAGAAUGAAGAAUCCCCUUGAUAAAUCUGCUUGGUAUUUGGAAGUUAGCUUGGUUUUCGCAGCCAGCUUGGGCUUGGAAGCAGCAGGCUUCUUGUUUCUGAUUUUCUGUUUUCACGGAUAUACUGGUUUGCAAAGUGUUGGCAAGGGUUUUGGAAAUGUUUACUUUGAAGACUGUAAGUGUGUUCUGACAGGGCUUGUAGCAGGUUUAUUUCACAUACGCAUAGCUGGAAGAAUUGGUGACGAUUAG